AUGGUUUCAGCAAUGAAUUUGAUGCUUUGUGUAAGUGCUUGUUUAGAUGAUGUGAAGAGUUCAUCACGCAGUGUGAGUGGUGGAUUAUUAACAAGGAUAUCAUGUAGAAUACCUAUUCUUGCGCUUAUAUGCAGAUGGACAGUGGAACGACGCAGAGAACCUGGUGAUUUUAUAUUGGAGAUCGAUGGAGUUGGUGUUUAUAAGAAUAGACUUGAUGAAUACAAAAUAGCACGGUUCAACAACAAGGGAUAUACAGAAAUGCCUGAUGAAGCAUUUGAAGCCUCUGAUGUUCACACCAUGAAUGAGAUACAGAUGAUGCAUAAUGGCAUGAAGUAUUUAUCUGAGAAAAUAUCGAGAUUUGUGAUUGUGGAGGUGAUCAAUCUUAAGAAUAACAAACUUGAAUUCUUACCUGAUAGCAUAGUUCAUCUGCCAUUUCUAAGUAAGCUUGUAUUGAAUCUGAAUAGUUUCAGUAAGUUUCCUGAACAGUUGGUAAAGAUAGAGAGUCUGGAAUGGCUUGAUUUAAGUAACAAUCAGAUAUCUGAGCUGCCUGAAGAUAUUGGAAAGCUUAUAAACCUACAGGAUCUCUGGAUGAAUCGCAAUAAACUGAGUAAAUUGCCAGACUCAUUUGUACAUCUGGUUAGACUGGAGGUGUUGAAACUUGAUAGAAAUGAUUUUACUGAGUUUCCUGAACAGUUGGGAUCCAUGCGCUCACUAGAGAAGCUUUUUAUUGGAUGUAAUUUGAUACACAGGGUAAAGAGAUCCGUUGCACGCAAUAUGAUGAAUUCUAAAACUCUGCGCCACAUUGAGAUGUCUAUGGGAAUGAUGCGUAGAGACACAGUGAAAGGAGAUGCAGAGGACGGAAGUGAUGAUAUGUUGGGAUAUGAGGAAUUGAUUAAGGUAUUGGGAAAUAAGUUGAUUAUGUAA